CUCUGCCCUCGUCAAUGGCUACCACUUGGUGCCUCCAUUCCGCCUUUCCUUCCUCCCUCCCCGCUCUCUGCGCUCCCUCUUCGACUCCGGCGUCCCAGAGGAAGGCCCUCCGGCGGCCAGUGUCUGUCACCGUCGUCCGAUGCUCCUCGCCGUUCGUCCCGGUGGAGUCGGCCAGGAUUAAGGUUGUCGGUGUCGGAGGGGGUGGAAACAACGCCGUCAAUCGCAUGAUCGGGAGCGGCUUGCAGGGGGUUGAGUUUUUUUCAAUCAACACGGAUUCCCAGGCACUUUUGCAUUCUCAAGCAAAAAAUCCGCUUCAGAUUGGAGAAGUCUUGACUCGUGGAUUAGGAACUGGUGGAAAUCCCUUUCUUGGAGAGCAAGCUGCUGAAGAAUCAAAAGAAGCCAUUGCAAAUGUUCUUAAGGAUUCAGAUAUGGUCUUUAUAACAGCUGGUAUGGGUGGGGGAACUGGUUCUGGUGCUGCUCCUGUUGUUGCUCAGAUUUCAAAGGAAGCAGGAUAUCUGACUGUUGGCGUGGUCACGUAUCCAUUCAGUUUUGAAGGUCGGAAGCGCUCUUUACAGGCUUUAGAAGCUAUAGAAAAGUUACAGAAGAGUGUCGACACUCUUAUAGUUAUUCCAAAUGAUAGGUUGUUGGAUGUCGUCGAUGAGCAUACUCCUCUUCAAGAUGCAUUUCUCCUGGCUGAUGAUGUUCUACGUCAAGGGGUGCAAGGGAUAUCGGACAUCAUAACAAUUCCCGGGCUUGUCAAUGUCGACUUUGCAGAUGUAAAAGCUGUCAUGAAGAACUCUGGAACAGCUAUGCUUGGAGUCGGUGUAUCUUCCAGCAAGAACCGUGCGCAAGAAGCAGCUGAACAAGCUACACUAGCACCUCUUAUUGGUUCUUCAAUUGAGUCUGCUACAGGAAUUGUGUAUAAUAUAACAGGAGGAAAGGAUAUCACAUUGCAAGAAGUAAACAAGGUCUCUCAGGUUGUAACAAGCCUUGCAGACCCUUCUGCAAACAUCAUCUUUGGGGCUGUUGUGGAUGACCGUUACAGUGGAGAAAUCCAUGUGACAAUAAUUGCAACAGGUUUUUCUCAGUCAUUCCAAAGGACUCUCUUUGCGGAUCCAAAGGCAGCUAAGGUUGUCGAUAGUCACGAGAGUAACAAUGUGGUGCAUCCUCUGAAGUCAGCAGCAACUGCUUCGCCCUCAUCUAGGUCGCGAAAGUUGUUCUUCUGAAGUCUGAAGGAUGUUCUCUUGCUUGAUCCUCCAGUUAUCGGAUAGUUUUAUUGAAUGCUAUAUCGGGGAUCAGUUUUGUUUUAGUUUCUGUUUUUCUAUUCAUUUACUUGUUUUCUUUUUUUGAGUUUCAUGAUGAACAGCACUAUGACAUGACGUCAUGGUUGGUGAUAAUAAUGAACAGUGCUUGAGUAACAUAUCUAUAUGGAUGAUAUAUUCACCGUGAUCUUA